GAAAAUGCUCAAGAGGCAAUUCCGUACACUGAAAGCCCAGGGAAGACUCCCGCUAGACCUCCCUCUGAGACCAAUGAAGGCCUGGCUCCUGGCAGGGAAAAGAGUCUUCUUGGAGCGUGAGACAGAGACAUGGAAGAGAUGGAGGAAAGUCUGUGUAGCUGAAUUGACUUGGGAUGCAAAGAGGGGCCUGGAAUUACAGGAGACAGAGAGAGUUCUCCUGGUCAGUUGCCAGAGAGUUCAGGAUGAAUUAAGGAUGUCUGAUUUCACCGUGGACACGGCGCCCAACGAAGCCAUCCAGCUUCUGAAAGAGGAGUGUUGGAAGUUGAACUUCUUGCACCUAAAGGAUGAGACAUGCCAGGCCACUGAGCUCCCUGAGCUGUAUGGGCAUUCUGAGACCUCUUCAAAGGAAACUCUAAUUGAAGAGAAAAGUCCAAAGACCAAGUGCCCGUCCAGCGUCGCUGGGGCUGCUGACAUUGACAACACCAAUGAGGAGGAUUCAGAGGAGUCUCCGGAUAACAAUGUGGUGGACUUUCAGGAUGAGCCGCUGGCCCUGGUCAGUGUGGAGAAAGACGCUGCUGGAGAUGGAAAGGUCCUCAGCAAGGUGGUGAAGCCCAAAGGAUGUCUGAAGGAGAGCUGCAAAGAUCAGCUAACCCCAACAAUCUAUGAUAUGAUUACGGAACUACCAAAGUCCUAUUUCGGAUCCACUGAGAGCCUUCCUGAGAUGUGUAGCAGAGGUCCUGAGGUGUGCAGUGGAGUGCCUGGGGUGAGUAACAGAGGUCCAAAGGUGUGCAGUGGAGCGCCUGAGGUGCCAAAUGCAGUGGGAGAGGUGUCAAGUGACACAAAGAAGACAGAGGCAACUGGAGACCUUCUGAACACUGGAAACGGCCUGAGAAAGGUGGUGCAGCUAUCCACCGAGAGCCAUGCUGAGGUGUGCAAUGGAGAGGCUGAGCUGUGCAGUGGUCCUGAGGUGUGCAGCAGAGGUCCUGAGGUGUGCAGCGGAGGUCCUGAGGUGUGCAGCAGAGGUCCUGAGGUGUGCAGCAGAGGUCCUGAGGUGUGCAGCAGAGGUCCUGAGGUGUGCAGCAGAGGUCCUGAGGUCCAGAGCGGUGGUCCUGAGGUGUGCAAUGGAGAGGCUCCUGAGGUGUGCAGCGGAGGUCCUGAGGUGUGCAGCAGAGGUCCUGAGGUGUGCAGCAGAGGUCCUGAGGUGUGCAGCAGAGGUCCUGAGGUGUGCAGUGGAGGUCCUGAGGUGUGCAGCGGAGGUCCUGAGGUGUCAAACGCAGUGGAAGAGGUGUCCAGUGACACAAAGACUACAGAGGCUGCUGAAGACCUUCUGGACACUGGAAAUGUCCUCAGCAAGGUGGUGAACCCCAAAGGGUGGCUGAAGCAGGACUGGGAUGAUCAGCUGAACAGAGACGUCAAUGAUAUGAUUGCAAAUCUCCCAAAGCCCUAUUUCGGAUCCAUCGAGAGCCUUCCUGAGGUGUGCAGCAGAGGUCCUGAGGUGUCAAACGAAGUGGAAGAGGUGUGCAGUGACACAAUGAAGAUAGAGGCUACAGGAAAUCUUCUGAAAACUGGAAAUGGCCUAAGCAAGGUGGUGCUCCUAUCCACUGAGAGCCGUCCUGAUGUGUGCAUUAGAGUGCCUGAGGUGUUCAGUGGAGGCCCAGAGGUAUGCAGUGAAAUGCCUGAAGUGUACAGUGGAUGUCCUGAGGUGUUCAUUGGAGUCCCUGAGGUGUCAAACCCAGUGGAAGAGGUGUCCAGUGAUACAAAGACAGAGGCUGCUGAAGAACUUCGGGACACUGAAAAUGACCUCAGCAAGGUGGUGAAAUCCAAAGGGUGGCUGAAGGAGGGCUGGGAAGAUCAGCUGACCAAAGACUUCAAUGAUAUGAUUGCAAGACUCCCAAAGUCCUAUUUUGGAUCCAACGAGAGCCUUCCUGAGGUGUGCAGCGGAGUGCCCGAGGUGUCGAACGCAGUGGAAGUGGUGCGCAGUGACACAAAGAAGCAGAAGAAAAAUGGUGUUCUACGAUGUUUCCGACGUGUGUGGAAGUUCUUCACAUGCACCAGCAGCCUCCCCAAAGAGGAGUGACUCAAGCACACACAACUCUGGGCAACACUUUCUCCUCCAUCUCCCCCUUUCCUUCCAACUGGCUCCUUUUAAUAAUACAAAUAAAGGGGAUCUGA